AUGCGAGUCAAACUGCAGACAAACGAUCCUCUACCAGAAUAUCGAUGCUGGUUCGCGGUUCAAGGGGAUCCUUUGAAACAAACAGUUCAUGAUUUAAGAAAGCAAAUAGUAAAGCAACUAUCUAUCAAAACAGAACCAAGUUUGAUUCAACUCUCGAUUGAUGGAUUCAACUUAUUACCCCAAGUACAAAUCGAAGGGCUUCUACGCGAUGGCGAUCUGAUCCACAUAGAAGAGGAUAAGUUCAAAAGCACUGAAAAGAAGCGUAAAUCAAGAGCAGUCUAUGAUACAGAGUCAGUAGAAAAGAUGAACAAUACUUUUGAGGAACCUGCUUUGAAGAAAAUAAAAAAGUCUGAUAAAAGGAAAGAUUCUACAGAUUCAAAAAAGAAAAAGAUCUCUAAGCCGCCCGCAAAACGUACGAAAAAGACAAAAGAGAAAAAACUCAAGACCGGUAGUAGGAAGGAAAAAGAUAAAAAGGAAAAGCGAAAGCAAAAAAAGGAGGAGGAGGAGGACAAGCAAAAACAGAAAAAAGGUCGUAAGGCAGUAGUAGAAUCAGAAACGUCAGUUGACGAUUUAAAAAAUAUACCAUUGGAAAAGACAGAGACUUCACAAUUGAAUGAACAAGUCAAUAAAGCUCCUCAGGGUCUGCCUUUUCAAGGAUUGAGGAAGACACAGAAAAGGAACUGCCGUCGUAGACUACUGAAAAAACGCCUCAAGGCUAAAAAAGACUCAGAUGUGCAAGGUGCAGACCAACCAAAGAGCAAGUCAACACAACAACAUACUGAAACAACAGAAGUUAUCAGUAUUGCAGUCGAUGAAGAAACAAAUGGAAAAGCUCCACCUACGACAAGCACACAACAAGAUAGGAAAACAGAGGAAUUAAACAUACCAUCCGCUCAGCUUUUGAAGAAAAAUAAAAACAAAAAGAAAAAUCAUCUGAAGGAUAAUAAAGCCGGAACCAAGCAUCAUGUUCAUUUCGAAUCAACACCUGACGAUAGCAACAUCAACAGCAACAACAGCAACAGCAGCAAUCCCCAUGGACGAGCAUUUAUCACCUAUUCUAAUAUAGAAACUUACAAACGGAAGAAUACAAAUCGCGAUCUUCAAACUCAAUAUCCUGUCAACACAAUGCCCACACUCUUUUAUGCUCAACAGCCUUUGAUGCAUAGCAACACUGCAGUGGCAGAAAACGAUUCAACCAUUGAGCAGCCUCCAACUAUUGAGACAGGUGAACAAGUUGACAAAGUUUCAGAAACAUCGCCACACCAUCCAUCUGACGAAGUAGAAACAACAAAGGCAGUUCAAUCACAAGACACUCAAAUGCAACAUGUUCAACCUGUAAAUUAUGAUGAGUAUCCAGUCGCUGAUUUUGAAAACAAUAUACCAUCGAUAGGCGAUAGAUUAGCCGUCAAGACCUUAGAAUUAACUGCUAACUAUACACCUGAGAUUUCUGAUUGGAAGCAGGUCAUUUUGAAAGAGCUAAACAAUGGAAUUGUAACCUUCGAAUAUAUCGCAGGCUUUAAAAAGGAGAGUAUCAAGGGUGGCAAAUUCGAUAUAUACAAGCAUCGUAAAAGGUUUGUUGAUGACGAAGGAAUUGAGAUUGAUCAGGUAGAUAAUAAUGAGGACGAAGAAGAGGAUGAAGAAGAAGAGACCGUUGCUACUUUUGCAAUCCAUGAUAUAUUUGAUAUGAGAAAUAUGACCAAGCAAAAUAUAUGA